AAAAAUGACUAUAAAAAACAAUAUAGGAACUAUAUAUCUACAACAGCUUAAAAAAUUUAAUUUUUCAAUUAUUUUUUUCACAAUUCCUUUAAUUAAUACACACAUAAAAAUUAGAAUACCCAUUAUAAAAUAUCCAAACAUAAAUUAAUAAAAACAAAUUAGCAUCAUUAAACAUUAUUUAAAAUACAUUAAUAUAGCCCUAAGUAAAGAGUUUGGCGAAUUGCCUUAUAACAUAUACAUUUCCAAAUAUUCAUUUGCAAUAAGUGUAAAAUAUAUUUUCUAGUCAUAAUUAUAAUAAUCAGAAUUUAUAUUAAUUUAGUUAAUUGUAUUUAUACUAUUUCUUUAGUUAUUAGGAUUAUUAACAUUAAUAGCAGUUAAACCGUUUUGAUCAUUUGUAAUUUUUUAUUUAGUUUAUAUUUUGUUAUUAUUUUCAAAUCCAGUCAUAUCAAUUUCAGGACUAAUAGGACUAACUUAAGUUAAAUUAGUAAAAUUACUUUUUUUUCUUGAAUUUAUAUCAAUUUUAUUAUUGUUCUCUUUUGAGUUUACGGCUACAUUUUUUUAAUUUAUUUAAUUAGUUUUUUGAAUUUCUUGAUUCUAGCUUUACUUUUUAUUUUUAUUACUAAUUAUAUCUUCUACCACAACCUGAUUUUCUACGUUUUUUGUUAAAGUUUUUGCUACUUUCGAAUCACAUUCUGUUUCUCCUAAAUUUUUCGACCUAUUAUCUAAAAAAUGACAAAUUAUACAUGAUAUGAAUGUAUAUAUAGUUAUCACAAGAUAUAUUUUAAAUAUCAACUUACUAGUAGUAUGUGUUUCUUAUUCAUAUUACAUACAUUUACCAUCAUCAUUCAAAAUAAGUCCAUAUUCACAUUCUAAACAUUUAUUUGCUUCUUUACAUUUUUUGCAAGUAAUAUGACAAGGAUCACAUCUAUUAUUCAUCGAAUUUUUAAAUUUUUUUUAAGAACAUUCUGUUUUACACUCAUUUUGUUCAAAAUAAGUAUUCCCAGAGCAAAUAACUUCUUUAAUACAGAGGCCAUUUUAUAAAUAAAAUCCCUGUGCACAAGAUAAGCAUUUGUUCUUUUCUAUACAUACCUUACAAUUUAAGUCGCAUAAUUUACACUUCAAAGUACCGGUUUCCAAAUAUCUGCCUUCAACACAAGAAUUACAUGUAUCGGAAUUAGAACAAGAGUUACAAGAAGGAUCGCACUAUUAGCAAAUUCGAUUUACAUCCAGAUAUUAUUUACUAUUACAUUAAUUGGCAUUGGCGUUGUCAUUGGCAUCUACAUCAACAUCGAUAUCUACACAUUUCUUAUUUCUUAAAAGAACCAUAGGAUUAUUACAAGAAGCGCAUUAAUUGUCAAUUAUUCCGCUUUCACAUGUUCUACAAUUAUCAUUACAUUUUUCACAUAAACCACUCCUUGUGUUAAUAUAAUAACCAAAAUUGCAAUUAGUACACGAAAAUGCAUUUUAACAAGUAAAACAAGUCGCAUUACAUAGUUAACAUUUCCUUUAAGCAUCUCCAUAUGUAUUAUGUUAAUCAAAUUAACAAUUUCUAACGCAUUAAUUGUUUUAAGUGAUAUAAUAAAAUAAAUUACAUUCUGUACAUUAUUUAGAAAGAUUAUCGCAAGUUUUGCAAUUAACAGUAGUGCACGGCUUGCAAUAUUUAGUAACAGAAUCUAAAUACAUACCAUCAGUACAUGUAGAACAUGAAGUUCCAUUAACACAUGAUAAACAUGAUACAUUACACGGUUAGCAUAUUUUCGUAUUAUCCGGAUAUUGAUUCGGCAAACAUGAAUCAGCGCAAGUAUGGUUAAUUUAUAAAUAAUAAGGGUCAUUGCAAGUAAGACAAUUAGAUUUUGAAAAUAAACAAGUUUUGCAUUUAGGAUUACAUAAUUAAUCGCAUAAUUUAUUCUCAUAAUUUAUCAAAAAACCAGAAGGACAAGUACUACAAGAAUCGCCAUUUUUACAUGUAGCACAUGU